AGACAAGCUGUUGAAACCAAGUAAUCUGGUGGAGAUGUCGGUGGGUGGAGGUGCAGCAUCUCUGACCUUGCCUCAUCUGGCCAAAGACGAUGAGGGACUCUACACCAUACGCAUCUUCACAAAGGAAGGCACCACCGAGCACAGUGCCUACCUGUUUGUGUCAGAUGCCCCGGCGUCUGUAAAUGGAGCCCCUGGUGCACCAAUGAGCGUCAAGGCAUAUGAUGUCAACUCGGAUUACAUCUUGGUUGCCUGGAAACCUCCCAACACCGUCAACGAGGCACCGAUCACUGGAUACUUUGUGGAUCGCUGCGAAGCUGGUACCGACACCUGGGUCCAGUGCAACACGGCACCAGUGAAGGUUUGCAAGUACCCGGUGGAUAACCUUAGGAUGGGCCACUCCUACUACUUCAGAGUGAGAGCAGUAAACAGUGCAGGCAUCAGCAGACCCUCACGCAAGUCUGACAAAGUGACCGCCCUUGAUCCGGCAGAGAGUGAGCGCCUGCAAGUGAUUAAAAUUGAAGGAAAAUAUGACAUAGUAAUCAAGGACGAUGACCUGGAAGGUACAGUAGAGUACAAAGAAUAUUUUUGUACAGAGUGUCAAUAAUUCAUUAUUUCACCA